GUGGAAUAAAGAUGGGGGAGCAAGGUGGUUGGCUGGAGGCUAACAGAGACUGGGUGGCCAUCUUGGAUUCCCAGACCCAGACGGGUGCAGCCAWGGGCCCAGGGAACAACAUCACUGAGCAGGCGAGGACUAGAGGCAACAUGGUGGAGUCUGCCGUCCAUGAGGAACUGCUGAUAUCCGGUGUUGCUGGCGGGAGAGACUGGACCUCUGAAGCGGCCGGUCACAAACCCUGGCCCCGGAUCAGAACCCUGGAUCAGGAGCCAUCGCUCUUCUUUCCCGAGUCAGAACCAGGACCGAACCGCGAGGAACAGAGACCCCARCACCACACAGAACACAACCAGUGGACAGGUGGACUGAACAACCUCAGUCCUGGUGGUCAUCAGAGAGACAGAGGCUCCAGUCUGCAGCCCAGACCCUUCUCUUCACAGCCUCAGUGCAGUGAUGAAGCAGGGCCUGGGGCUGAUAGAGAGAGAUCCUCCUGUUCCUAUGAAACAAACACCACCGUAUCCAUGAUGAACAAAGCAGGUCACCCUGYGCUUCAGCCUUCACAGAGAGUGGUGGGAGACACCCCUGGUGGGAGUCUAUCAGGAAGUCUGUCUUCUCCUUCAGGGUCWCAUCUAAUUCCUGAUGAUUGGGUUCAUAGAAAGCCUGGGCCUGGGUCUAGCCUUCCUCAGCUACCUCAUGGUUACCCCACCAAUACAGACAGGGUCAGGAUGGYCAUUCACCACAAGAGGUACCUACCCUAUAACACAGCACACAAUCCCAACAACACCCAAACAAUGGCUAGAGGUCAAGCAGGGAGCUCAAAGACUAACCAGCUGACUGUGGUGGCUCCUGCUUCUAGCUACUCUGGUGUCAUUGGGUCACAACGUGGGAAGCCGAACAUUAGGACCGACGCUGACAAGCCGUAUGCCUGCCCCACAUGUGGGAAGUGCUUUGCUGAGGCGAACUAUGUGAAGAUCCACCAGAGGGUCCACACAGGGGAGAAACCCUUCAGCUGCACCCAGUGUCACAUGCGCUUCGCAGAGGCUGGCACCCUGAAGAGGCACCAGAGGGUCCACACAGGGGAGAAACCCUACAGCUGCCCUCAGUGUGAGAAGAGGUUCUCACACCAGCAUCAUCUGAAGAGGCACCUGAAGGUCCACACAUGACAAAGGCCAUUCACCUUCUCUGAUGGUUUCAGAGAGGAACUACCUCAGGAUACACCAGCAGAAAAACCAUUACACUUCAUAACAUAAGAGGUAACCAUUCCAUCCUCAGGGUACACAUUGUCUCCCCAUCAUUGGUGUUUGUGCGGUGACAUGCUGCCAACCUUCAUUUUCUCUCAUUAGCUUUAGUCCUGCCCUCUAACCUUUUUUUGCCUUAGAUCUGUUCUUCCUCCAAGCUAGCCCUUAUGUAUUUCUCGCUCACAUUCACAUUUAGUAGUUCUGUCCUUUUGCCCACCUAACCAUGCAUGUACUCUUUGAGGUUGUCCCUUUCCUUGAGUUCCUUUUAUUUGUGUGUACAGAACAUGAUUCCUUUCUCAUCUUUAUCUACCCUCUUAUCUUCCUACUUCAUGCUGCUCAUUGGUUAGCUGUCACAGUGGAGGCCCCCACUCGGCCCACCCCCAAGCCCUGCAGCAAAAGCUCUGAAUAGGCUCAGUCAGCUGGACAAGAUCCAUAGAGCCAAUCAGGAUGCUUCUUAAUCUUCUCUCAAGACAAAGAUUAAUUUUCAUUGCUGUCAACAGAAAAGAUCCACAGAUGCAUUUGGAAUAACGAUAGGGACAGAUUUCAAUGAUGAAUAUUCCUGAAUAGAAUAUUGCAUCCAGACAMUGUGUGAUAUAUACAGUAUAAUGCAUAUAUAAGUUAAAGGUUUAUUACAUAGUGUUGUGUAGGUUAUAUGACAUUCACACAUGCCUAUUUCAUUACAUCUAUUGAACUACUUUAUUUUUUCCCAAGACACUUUUAAUGAGAAUUAAUGCAGUUCAUCAAGUUCAUGCUGAUUUUUAGUUGAGACAUGUGGUUUUCAAUGGUGUAUUUAAAACUUGUUUAUGUUUAAUAAACACAAAAUGGGACUUUCA